AAAAGCAUCUAUAAAGCCGCUCCUAGUCUCAACCAGUACUUAACUUCUCUAAUCACAUUCCCUCUCUCUCUAGUUAUAUCUCUCUCUGUGUGAAGAUGGGACACUCCAAGCGUUUGUUGGCGACUUGCUUCCUUGUAGCAAUGCUGCUUUUGGCCACUGAGAUGGGACCAACGAGCAGUGUAGAGGCAAGGACUUGCGAGUCACAGAGCAAACGUUUCAAGGGGCUGUGUGUUAGCGACACCAAUUGUGCCACCGUUUGCCUGACCGAAGGCUUCACCGGCGGACACUGCCGUGGCCUCCGCCACCGCUGUUUCUGCACCAGAGACUGUUAAAAAAUAAAAGAGAAAUGAUCUUUUCAUUGUCUCUAUAAUUGUUGCUUGUUAAAGUAUCCACGAUAAUAGUGUUGUUUGUCAAUAAAAAGAUUAGAUAGCCUCUUCAAAGUUAUA